GUGGCAAUCCAGAUGCAACUAUGCGGAGAAAAUUUACGAACUUGGCUCAACUUGGUAGAAACCAAACAAAAUAAUCUCUUCAUUCAACGCGACCAGGUUGAAAUUAUUUCAAAUUUAAUUUCCGGUCUGGAAUUUCUGCACAUGCACAACCUCAUGCAUCGCGACUUAAAACCUGAAAAUAUCAUGUUUACAGAAAAAGGGUGCAAAUUGCCCGUAAAAAUAGGUGAUUUCGGUUUAUGUCGUAAAAUUUCGCCUGAGGGGACGCAAACUGACUCACUGAGUUCCUAUGCAGGGACGAGAGUUUACAUGGCCCCGGAAUGUCGCACUGGACAAAAAGAUUAUUCUUAUCCCGCAGAUAUUUUUUCGGCAGGGCUUAUCAUUUGGGAAGUUAUGCAAUUCGUGAAAUAUAGCUUAUUCGAAAGAUUGGUGUAUGACGAGGAAGAAAAGCUAGUGAAGAGCCAUCCUUUAGCAGGGGAGGGCAUUCGGGCAGUAAUAAUUAGCAUGACGAAAAGGAAAAUUCAGCAUAGAUUGCCAAAUUUGAGAAGGGUUAGAAAUUACUUGCAAAUUUUGGAAGCACAAUUAGCAGAAAAAGUAGUAAAGGUAGGAAGUACGCAAGAAUUCAAAUCUACCUUGAUGAAAGCUGUUAGUGGGACUUCAAUUCUGUUACGUGAUGCAAUUUACAAAGGGCCAUUUUCCGUAAAUGCUGACAAAGUUGUUAUUACGGGUGAAAGCAUGGAGCGCACCAUUUUUCAGUGUGAAGGUCAAAAUUGUGUAACGUUUUUUGAAAACGAUUGCUCCAUUUCUAACGUUGCGAUGGUUUCCAGUAGGUUAAAUUAUGGAUUAGAAGUAAUCGGGAAUGGGAACAAAGUUGAAAAUGUCGCAUUUAACAGUCGAAAAGGUCUUUUAAUAUCCGGUAACAACAAUGUGGUUUCAAACAUUAAAUUUUCUCAUUGUCUAGAAGGCCUAACAAUAAAAGGAUGUGACAACAAAGUUGACAAAGUAGAUUUAGAAAAUAUAGAAAUUUUCGGAAUAAAAAUUCAGCCCCAAUCUUCUCGAAAUUCUGUAACAAAUGUCCGAAUUAUUGAUACAAAACUUGGAAUAUUGAUUGGUGGUAGCUCAAACAGUUUGGCUCAUGUUUCCUUGGUUAAAAAUAAUCAAGUGGAAGGGAAAUUUCGUGGCAUUUAUCUUUUCUCUGUAGGUGAAAAUAAUACAAUUCGUGGGUUAUCAUGCACAGGAUAUCAUUCCGAAGAGGAGGACUGGGGUUUGAUAAUUAGGUCACGAAAUACAAUGGUCGACCACGGUGAUGGCGUACCGGUACUUGUUCAAGCGUCCAAUGCAACCUUGACUGAUGUUCAUUCUGGGGGUCAAGUUAUCCUCGUCGGGACGAAUGCUGUCCAAGCCAAAUUAAUUCGUUGUUCAGGAAGCAAGUUACUAACGCAUCUGCCCAAUUUUUCCAUGAAAGGUUGUGAUUUUGAGAGUCAUUUAGGCUUGGAAAUAAUUGAAGACGUGCCAUUGAUGAAGAAAUGGUUAGAUAAUAGUGAAAAUGAUGAAAUUCUUAGUUAUGAUUUCGAUAGUGAUGAUGAGUCAGUUACGAGUUUAUGA